CAUGGCUAUUACGAUGCUCCUCUAAAUAUCACCGCACAAAAAUGUUGUGAUUCGUAUAAGGACCAGCGAGUCAUGCAGCAGCUCGGAUACCGGAUGGAAGAGAUGAUAUUCACGUUGGCUGAUCAGAAUUUCUUUUUCAACGAAAUCGAGGAGUGUGGCGGCGGCGACCAGGCACAGCACAUCGACGACGCCGCGUCCGACGACAACGGUCAGGACCUGUCUGGCUACGACUUUGGUGCCGACGGGUUUUCCGCAUCGACGGCUUCCACACAACACCAUCAAAACCACUUUAUCAACCAGCAUCACUUCAACAGCACUGGUGCCAGUGCUGGCAAUAAUCACCAGCAACACCUACAAUACCACCAGCACCAGCAACAGCACCAACAACAGCAACACCAUCACCCGCACCAGCACCAACAGUACCAGACGCAGCCGUAUCAGCACCAGCAGAACCAGCACCAUCACCUGAUGGGUGUCGGCGUCGGGGGUGCAGCCGUCGCCAAUCCGUCGUCCGCGAGCGGUCUGAGGGGAAGCGGCAGCCUGAGGGGUGGUGCUGUUGGUGGCGGUUCCGGCGGCGGUGGUGGCGUGGACUGGAUGCGGAAGUUGGCGUUCCGGUACCGACGAGUCAAGGAGUUAUACAACCAGUACCGGAACUCGGUUGGAGGUCUGUUAGGACCUGGAAAACGGGAUGCUUGGCUUCAGCUUCGAAGCGACAUCGAAUUGCACACCGACGACUGGCUGACGAUGGCUGUCAAGUGCUUAAAUGUUAUCAACUCUAGGCCUAACUGUGUCAACGUGUUAGUCACCACCACGCACCUGAUACCAGCGUUGGCCAAGCUGCUCCUAUACGGACUCGGACAACAUUUUGCCGUGGAAAAUGUCUACUCGGCCUCCGGGGGCGGUGGAGGUCCAUCGACGGGCAGUGGUAAGUCCGGUGGCGGCGGUGGUGGCACUCCGGGAUCCACGGCAUCGUCCGGAUCGUCAAAAGAAUCGUGUUUUGACCGGGUAGUACAACGAUACGGUCGAAAAUGCACGUAUGUGGUGAUCGGCGAUGGGGCUGAAGAGGAAAGGGCCGCACGACAGAUGAAUUUUCCAUUCUGGCGGGUGUCCGGUCACAGUGACCUCCAGGCUCUGUACAACGCCCUCGACAUGGGAUUUCUCUAAGCUGACUAGUCGGAAACAUCAGCAUUGUCAGAGGCAACGUCGGCAGUGUCAACAGCAGUAUCGUCAGUAUCAGUGAUAUCGUCGAUACAGACUACAAUUGUCGUCGUAUUUAUAAUAUAAUAUGUGUGUGAUUCGACACAGUGAUGACAUUAUAAUAAUAAUAAUAAUUUUUUAUAUUAU